AUCUUUAGAAGUGAGUUGCACAUAAAGUCCCAACAAACUGAAUUGAAGUCACUCGCCAAUCAAGGCUUUUUUAUUAAUAACUUUUGUGUUUUAUUUCAACUUUUUGUGCUGUUAAUUAAGGUGGCCUUAAUGAUACAGGAUAAGCUCAUCAAAUUGUCAAUUGGAUAUUCACUAGAAAUAAACGCGAUUUACUUUGAUUAAGGAAUAAAUCAAUUCUCUUCGCAACAAAGUAAGGUUACUAUAAACAGUUUUUUUACUGUAAAAACAGAUGAAUUAUAACCAGUUAUUUGAGACAAAUUUAACUCGAUCUGAACUCGUUCGUAUGAAUUAAAGGAAACAACAUGAUUUAAUUCGAUUUAACCUUAUUGAAAGUGCCAUUUUAAUUGUUUUUAAUCGCAAAACCAGAUUAAAUUUACUUGUGCCAUUCAUUAUUAUUUGGUAUUUUCCCUCAAGCAGACAGCCUUGAUAGUGUUUGAAAGCAAUGAUUUUAUUACCAAGGCCUAGUCAUUUGAAUCGGAUAAAAGUUAAUCUUGGUUUAAUUUUUCGAAACAAUAACCUGCAUCGGAAUAAUUAUCAACCAAUUGGACACCGUUGGUAUCACACAAAAGAUGUUUUCGGAGUUAAAUCAUUUGAUAAGGAUAGGAUAGCCACUGAAAUGUUGAUUAAGCGUAUUGUUACCAAUGAAAGAUCAACUUCAUUUGUUAAUAUGGUUGUUGAUGAGUUUCGCUCCAAGGGACAUUUAUUGGCUUCAACUAAUCCAUUAGGACCCUCAAAAGCAAUUGAACCUAAUCACUCAUCAACCGAGCUUCUUCGUAGAUAUAUUGAACAAUACCAAGAUGAUCAUCAUACAGAAAUUAAUGCCAAUGAUUAUACCAAUUUAGAUUUGGGACGAUGCUCAUUGGGUGAACUAAUACGAACCCUUGAAACUGUUUAUUGUUCAUCUGUUGGAGUUGAAUUUAUGCAUCUCAGUGAUUUAGGUGAGCGGGAAUGGUUUGGCUCGGAGUGGGAAAAAAUUGGUCUUAGUGAAAACAAGUUGACUGAUCAAGAGAUUCGCGAAAUGUCAUUAAUAUUAUUGAAAUCUGAGCUUUUUGAUAAAUUUGUUGCCACCAAAUUUCCAACAGUUAAACGUUAUUCAGCUGAAGGAGCUGAAUCAAUGUUAAUAUCAUUAGACACUAUUUUAAAGACUGCUUGUGUUGAUUAUUCCGUUUGGUCAGCUAUUAUAGGAAUGCCCCAUCGUGGUAGACUCAAUACGUUGGACAUUUUAUUACAAUAUCCUGCAGCUAUUCAAUUUCGUAAAAUGUCGGGUUUGUCUGAGUUUGACUUGUCCUCUGAAAAUAUUAAAACAACAGGCGAUGUUUUGUCUCACUUAUACACAACUGUGCGCUUGAAUUAUUCACCAGAAAAACAAAUUAGUGUCUCAUUACUGCCUAAUCCAUCACAUUUGGAGGCCAUCUCACCGGUUGUAAUGGGUAAAGCCAGGUCCAAAGCAAUGAGAUGGAAAGAAGGUUCGUAUGGAGCCGAUAACAAGGGUUCAGCCAUUUUACCAAUUCAAAUUCACGGAGAUGCAGCUUUCUCAGGUCAGGGUAUAAUUAUGGAAACGCUGGCUCUUUCAGGUACACCCAAUUUUACCGUUAAUGGGUCUCUCCAUUUGAUUGUCAACAAUCUGAUAGGAUAUACAACACCAGGCCAACUGGUUGGCCGUUCAUCAGCUUAUUGCAGCGAUGUAAUGAAAGCUAUUGAUGCUCCAUGUAUUCAUGUCAACGGAGAUUGUCCUGAAGAUGUGAUAAAAGUAUCCAAGUUAGCUCUCAAAUAUCGUCAAACAUUUGGUAAAGACAUUGCCAUUGAUUUAACUUGUUUCCGUCGUUGGGGCCAUAAUGAAUUGGAUGAUCCAACAAUGACCAAUCCUGUAAUGUACAAGCGAAUCCAUUCACGACCUUCAACCAUGCCAUCAGCCAUUAGUGAUAAACAUUUGACUGCAUCAGAAAAAGAGACGGAAACUAAAGCUUAUUGGGACAAAUUGAAUGAAGCUUAUAAAAGUAGAGAGUCAUAUGUACCAAGUAAUCCUGAUUUACAGGGCGUUUGGUCAACAUGUGUUCGUCCUCAGUCCAAUAUGAUAACUUCAUGGGAUACCGGGGUCCCCCUAGAUUUACUCAAAUAUGUUGGUAAACAAUCAGUAACUAUUCCAGAAGGGUUUAACCUUCAUCCCAAUUUGUCUAAAGUUUUAGUCACUGACAGACUAAAGCGUUUAGAUUCAUCAUCUGGUUCAUUAAUUGACUGGUCAACAGGAGAGGCUUUAGCUUUGGGAUCCAUGCUUUAUCAGGGAAUCAAUGUUCGUAUUUCUGGUCAAGAUGUCGGUAGAGGAACCUUUGCUCAGCGUCAUGCUAUGCUGGUUGAUCAAGAAACCGGUAAACUUUAUAUCCCGCUAAACAAUCUAACUGCUGGAACUGAAACCGCUAAUUUAGGAUCUCUUGAAGUUGCUAACUCAAUUCUUUCAGAGGAAGCUGUUCUUGCCUUUGAAUAUGGUUUUAGCGUUGAUUCACCCAACAAUUUGGUUAUUUGGGAGGCACAAUUUGGCGACUUUUUCAAUGGAGCACAAAUAAUUCUAGACACUUUCGUGUCUUCCGGUGAGGCUAAAUGGUUACUUCAAAGUGGACUAGUUAUUUUAUUGCCUCAUGGUUAUGAUGGAGCCGGACCAGAGCAUUCAUCUUGCCGUUUGGAAAGGUUUCUUCAAAUGAGUGACUCAAGUGAAACAGCAGUAACUGGUGACUCAAUUAACUGGUCAAUUGCCAAUGUAACAACACCUUCACAAUAUUUCCAUUUACUUCGCCGCCAAAUGAUGCGCAAUUAUCGUAAACCUUUGAUACUGGCUUCACCUAAAUUGCUUCUUCGUCAUCCCGCUUGUAAAUCCUCUCUUGACUCAUUUGGACCUGGUAAUUGCUUUCAACCCAUUCUUGAUGACCCAAGAAAUCCGACAUCGCCACAAAAAAUUGUCUUCUGCUCUGGGAAACAUUAUUAUACAUUAGAUGAAGAGCGAGUUAAUCGUAAAUUGACGAAUAAAGUUGUCCUGAUUAGGAUUGAGGAAUUGUCACCCUUUCCAGCCAUUCAAAUCAGUAAACUGUUAACAAAAUUAGGCAAAGUUAAAGACAUUGUUUGGAGCCAAGAAGAGCAACGAAACAUGGGCGCUUGGAGUUAUGUAAAACCUCGAUUUGAAAACCUUUUAGGAAUUAAGAUUAAAUAUGCUGGACGAGAUGUAUCUUCUGUGCCUGCGGUUGGUAUUGGCCAAAUUUAUAAGGAACAAGUAAAAUCAAUUAUUCAACAAACAUUUGACGGAUUGUAAUUGUAAUUUUAUUAUUUUUUGAUCAGAGGAUUAAUUUUGUAAAUUUUGAUUCGUGCCAAUUGAAUCAAAGAGCUUAAAUGAAAAAAUAACGAUGUUAGAUGUUUUUUGAUAAAUUAAUAUUACAAAAUGAAUAUUUUAGUAAUUGUUUUAUUUUGAGUUGUUUUUAUCUGUAAGUUAAAUGCAACUAAAAAUUGUUUGAUUUAUUUAGUAGUUAAUAUAAUUUUGACGGUUUAAGUUUA